GGAGGGGAAGAGGGGGAGGGGAAAGGACGAGAGUGCGAGAGAGAUAGAGAUAGAUAGAGAUAGAGCGAAAGAAGGAAGGGACACGGACUAGCCCUGCCCAUAUGAAAGAGAGUAAAAGAGAUAGGAGAUAUAUAGUGGUAGAAAGAAAGAGAGAAAGCUAGACUGCUUUCCAUCCCCCAGAACGCAUCCUACGAAAGCCGGAGCUGUGUUAGCUCUUCAUCGUGGGUUCAGUCUCUCUAAAUGUGGCAUAUCAACGUGGUUACUUAUAUUCGCGCUCUCGAUCCAAACCGGGAAAAAUUUAGGAUGAAGGCGAUUGUCGCAACGUGAAAUUUACCGACGCUACGAACGCGUCGCGUCGUCGUCGUCGUCGUCGUCGUCGUCGGUCGUGUUGUCGUCGUCGUGUUGUCGUCGUGGUCGUGUGUCGUCGUCCGUCGUGUACCAAAAUACACAUACAUAUACACACACACAUAUACAUACAUACAUACGUACGUACAUAUAUACGAUCUUUCGUUCGUGUCGUCAUCGUCGUCGUUCGUUCUCUUUACAAAGAGAUUUUUUUUCUUUUACUUUAAAAAUCUUGUUUGGCUGGAUGGUACGUAUUGUUAUACGUAAAGAAGGAAUGUUACGUGUAUGUAUAUAUAUGUGUGUGUGUGUGCGUGCGCGUGUAUGUUUACCAUGUAAAAAGCACACGUAACAUAAGAGGGAGGGAGGGAGAGAGAGAGGGAGAGAACCGGAAAAAAUAGAGAUCGUGUUCGACCAGGAAGAAGACUCGCUCGUUUGAUCGGUGCACAUCCAAAAUUAGAAUGGCGAACGCGUCGCAACAGUAUUGUCUCCGUUGGAACAACCACCGAUCGAACUUGCUUACUGUCUUCGACGAACUACUGCAAAAUGAGGCAUUCACCGACGUUACCUUGGCUGUGGACGGUGGUCUCUCUGUAAAGUGCCACAAAAUGGUCCUAGCAGCCUGUUCAUCGUAUUUCCAGACACUUUUUAUCGAUCUACCAUGUAAACAUCCGAUCGUUGUACUCAAAGAUGUGAAAUAUUGUGAGAUCAAGGCGAUAUUAGAGUACAUGUACCGUGGCGAGGUAAAUGUCGCUCAGGAACAACUCGGCGGUUUAUUAAAAGUUGCUGAAGUCUUAAAAGUGAAGGGUCUUGUUGAGGAAAACGGUUCGUCUCAUGAACAACGAAACGAAGAACUCGAAACGUCGAUGUCACCACCGCCAGCGAUCAGUACUAGUACAACCAACAGUAUCGCGCAUAGCAGUGGCCAUGUUUCACCACCCCAUUCAACCGGAAGUUCUUAUAAUCCAUACGGUAAAUCUACGGUGCCAAUCGACAGGGGAUGCAUGUCUUUGCCGAUGUGGGCAUUGUCAGGACUUCCACUUCCGCAACAUGCGACUUCCAGUCAUCAAGCAAACUCCCAAUCACAUUCGCAACAUUCCUCUAUCGUGGGUACUUCUUACGACAACGGUUUCGAAACGUCAUCGCCUAUAAAUCCAAAACGAAAAAAAUAUUGUACGUCAAACGUCAUGAUGAAUCGAGACACGCCGAUAUUGCGAACGGUUUUGGGUCAAGGACAUGCCGAUAGUUCACAGAACAUGACCCUUAUGCCACCAGACAGUCACGAUAAUAACUUCCGUACUAAUGCCAAUGGAUCGUCAACUGAAAAUGCUAGACGAGAUAGCAGCGAUCUUCCUAAUUCCGAACCAGUUCAUAGUCCUUACACCGAUGUUUCCAUGAUAGACGAAGAAGACAAACAACCAUCCCCUCAGCCCUAUGUCGAUACGAACGCAGGUACUGACGUACCUAAUCCAAUUGUAGGUGUGGUUAGUUACAUCACAACCCAGAAACCCGAGUGGAAACGUUACAAACAAUAUACACGACACGACAUCAUGUCAGCUAUCGAGGCAGUGAGAUCGGGAAUGAGUGCAUUGCAAGCAGCACGAAAGUACGGUGUCCCAUCGCGUACACUUUACGAUAAGGUAAAAAAACUUGGUAUCACGACCUCUCGACCUUUUAAGCGUGGUUCGAACGGUGCUGGAGGAGCUUGUUUUCCCUAUGGGAUCGGUGGAAACGCAAACGGCAGCAUUUAUGGUAUCAACAGCAGUACUUUAUCAGAAAGCGAAAAUGAAAACAGCAACGCUCUAUACGAGAGUUCAUCCACCAUUUUGGAAACGAAUUACGUUAAGAGCAGAGAUACCUCGACCGAACGUGAAUCCAACAUGGAAACUGGUCAAUCUAGUCCAACUUCAGGACAUCAUUUGAUCAAAGAGGAACAACCUCAACAAAGGAACGACGAUCAGGUUGAAGAUCUUUCGGUAAAUCGUAAGUCGGAUAUACGAGUAAUAAUGCCACCAUCGUCGAUCAUCAAAGAGGAAGAUGAUAUUUCCGAUAACUCUAAUCGUAACUGAUGAUUAUCGUGAAAUUAACAAUAUAUGACGAUGCUGAUGCUAUUACAUAUAAUACUAUAUGUAACUAUAUAUACAUAUACAUACAGAUGUAUAUAUAUAUAUGUAUAUAUAUAUAUACAUACACGCAUGUAGGUCGAUAUACUCUAAAAAAAACCUCAAAAGAACAAGAUAAAGUAGUACGUUAGUAAGUAAGUUAAAAUGAACACUUUCAAACCUGACCAGACGUCUCCUGAUCAGUUUCGAGACUCAAAAAUAUGAAGACCAUGUUCUUACAUAACGUAAAGUAUUCAACAAUAAUUCCGAGAAAAAAAAAACAAUGUUGAAAUAUUUUCUUUGUUGAUAA